AAAAAACUGAUAAGGAAGCCCAAUAGAGCGUGAGGUCCAGCCCAGUCACUGGAGUGUUGAGUUGAGAGUUCAGCAUCCUUGCUGCACUGCCCUGAUUCCCUUCUCCUUCACCACUUCAGUUCAACCGCCUUUGUUUUCGCCGGCGACAGAGUGCAGGGCAUCCUGAAAUGGGUUGGAAAGCAGCUGAGAAACUCAUUAGGCACUGGAAAAUUGUCAGAGGUGACAAUGUUAUGAUAAUAAGAGGCAAAGAUAAGGGCGAGACCGGGGUUAUUAAGCGUGUCAUUCGCUCUCAGAAUCGUGUCAUUGUUGAGGGUAAAAAUCUGGUAAAGAAGCAUAUCAAGCAAGGGCAAGGUCAUGAGGGUGGUAUCUUUACAGUUGAAGCCCCAAUUCAUGCCUCCAAUGUGCAAGUUCGGGACCCAGUUACCGGGAAUCCUUGCAAGAUUGGGAUUAAAUAUCUUGAAGAUGGAACUAGAGUCAGAGUAGCCAGAGGAAUAGGAGCAUCUGGUUCUAUAAUCCCUCGUCCUGAGAUCUUGAAGAUAAGAACUACCCCAAGACCUUCAGUUCUUGGUCCCAGAGAUACUCCAAUGGAUCUAGUGUUAGAGAAGACAUACGAUGCUAAAACAGGAAGAGGCAUGCCUGAGCUUUAAGGAGAUUGUGGGUACCUUGUUCAAAUAUAGGUACUGGCUAUCACAAUGAAACAAGACAUGGUAUGAGUGCUUUACAUGUUUCGGGUUAUUGUGAUCCGGUUAAAUCAGCUUUCAGAUUUUCUUUAAUGUUAUCUGAAAGCUAUGAAUGACUUGUAACUUUCUUUUACUUAAAUUAGACAUUGCGGGUAGCUAGUACUAUAAUAAUUUUUUUUCUGAAAUUGAUGUUGACUGGAUAGCUUCCAGUUAGUGAUGAUCAUUGCAAUCCAUGAACUUCUAAAUUUUUAAAAUGAGUGAUUAUGUGAUUGGA